CCAUUAGAGACCACGAGGCAUGACAGACUGCCGCGUGGCAGACCGAUCAGCAUUCCACAUUUCCACCAGACACCGUCCAAAAUCUUCUUGACAAGUCAUAAAUAAAAACCAAAUUUGAGUUUCCCAAUGACCAAUCCUCCAUUUCAAUUUUGCCCGUAAGAGCAAGACCAAAUUUCCGAUAGCCAAUUCGUUCGCUUCAUCGCUUACCUCCACAAAAAUGGCGACUCAAACUCAAACACUCACCGGACUGCUGAAGCGCGUCGCCCACGAGUUCCCCGACCGCCGCGCCCUCUCCGUUUCCGGCAAACUCGAUCUCACCCACGCUCGCCUCGAUGAACUCGUGGAACGCGCCGCCUCUCGCCUCGCCUCCGCCGGCGUCAAGCCCGGCGACGUGGUCGCGCUCACUUUCCCCAACACCGUCGAGUUCGUUGUGAUGUUUCUGGCCGUGAUUCGAGCCAGAGCAACAGCGGCGCCGCUCAACGCCGCCUACACGGCGGAGGAAUUCGAGUUCUACCUGUCGGACUCGGAAUCGAAGCUAUUGCUCACUUCUCGCGACGGAAACGCGGCGGCGGAAUCCGCCGCUUCGAAGCUCCAAAUCCGCCACUCCACCGCCGCACUCUCCGUGAAAGACUCCGAGCUCGCGCUCUCUCUUCCUCCUCCAUCCGAGUCAGGAGCCAACUCGCUGGACCAGCUGCCAGUGAACGAGCCCGCCGACGGGGCGCUCUUCCUUCACACCUCCGGAACCACCAGCCGGCCCAAGGGCGUGCCAUUGACUCAGCUCAAUUUAGCCUCUUCCGUGCAGAACAUCAAAUCGGUCUACAAGCUCACAGAAUCCGACUCGACGGUGAUUGUCCUGCCCUUGUUCCACGUCCACGGCUUGUUGGCUGGGCUACUGAGUUCGUUAGCAGCCGGAGCUGCAGUCACUCUUCCAGCCGCCGGUAGAUUCUCGGCUUCGACAUUCUGGCAAGACAUGGUCAAGUACAAUGCCACUUGGUACACCGCAGUUCCCACUAUCCACCAGAUCAUACUCGACCGCCAUAGUAGUACCCCAAAACCAGUUUACCCCAAGCUUCGGUUCAUUCGAAGCUGUAGCGCCUCCCUCGCCCCAUCGAUCUUGGCUCGGCUCGAGGAGGCGUUUGGGGCGCCUGUUCUCGAGGCGUAUGCAAUGACUGAGGCAACACAUUUGAUGUCGUCAAACCCUUUGCCGGAAGAUGGUCCGCACAAGCCCGGAUCAGUUGGGAAGCCGGUGGGACAGGAGAUGGCGAUCCUGAGUGAAGAUGGUGAAAUUCAAGGUCCUAAUUCGAAUGGCGAGGUCUGUAUCAGGGGUCCUAAUGUGACCAAGGGGUACAAGAACAAUCCUGAGGCUAACAAGAGCGGGUUUCUGUUCGGGUGGUUCCACACUGGAGAUCUUGGAUACUUCGAUUCAGAUGGGUAUUUGCAUCUUGUGGGGAGGAUUAAGGAGCUUGUCAACCGUGGAGGUAACUUCCAUUCCCUUUUUGAUCAAUUACUUACUUUUCACAUCUGCUCUAAAUGUCAUUCCUAGUAUAAAGAGGUGGUUGGUUGAUUCAUAGUCUAGUACACCAAAAACGAAUGCUUCACAGGAAAGUGGAAUUUACCACCAUCGUGCUUCUUCGUCUUCUAGUUGAUGCUGACAAAGAAAGGUUUUUUGGCCCCAUAUACAAGUUGCUUUAUCCAGCAAAAUUUGGCCAAACUGGCUUGGUUAAAGGCUGGAUGGCUUGUCUGAGGAAUCUUGGCAUGCUUGUACUGAUGCUUUCUUUUGUUAUCCGACGAAACUAAGCUCCCAUGAAUGACAGGAGUUAACUUUCUACUUCCACUGCAUUGUUUCCACUGCAUUGUCUCUAGAGAACCGAUUCGGCAUCUCUGCAGUACUGACUAAACCAUCAUAUACUGCUGUGAUUCACAGGGGAGAAGAUAUCGCCGAUCGAAGUGGACUCGGUUCUUCUAUCUCAUCCAGACAUUGCUCAAGCUGUCUGUUUCGCCGUCCCUGAUGAAAAGUAUGGGGAAGAGAUCAACUGUGCAAUCAUCCCAAGAGAAGGGUCGAAGAUCGACGAGGCAGAAGUGCAGAGCUUCUGCAAGAAGAACCUGGCUGCUUUCAAGGUCCCCAAGAAGGUGUUCAUCACCAACGACGUCCCCAAGACCGCCAGCGGCAAGAUCCAACGGAGAAUCGUCGCCGAGCAUUUCCUCUCCUCUUAAAAUCAGACCCCCCCAAAGUAUGGUGCUGUUGUACCAGCUAUGUAACGAGACGGGAACUGAUCAAUGCUGCAUCUUGGACUUGAGAACGUUAUUCGCAUUUGACGAUUAACACCAUGGUCAUUGGCACCACCUUGGCAACGGGGGAACAAUCCAAAUUUGUAGGUGUAAUUUGUAAUGGUUUGUUGGGAGAUUGCGCUUCGUUCUCUGGAAAUCGGAAGCCAUUUUGCUAACUACUUUAGCCAACAGAGAUCAAAAGAAACGCUUACUUUAGUAACGUACAGAAAGU